AUGGGUCUCCUUAGGCAACUUCUGUAUUUCUCAGUCCACCCCAACCAACUGAGAUCAAUCUUGCAAUGGAAAAUAUGGCACGACCCCGUUCACACUCGAGACCCGAAGAAGGAGUCUGCCACCCUGCAAGAAUGCUUCAAAUAUCUCAACAUGACUAGCCGAAGUUUCAGCGCGGUCAUCCAAGAACUGAACCCCGAAUUGCUCGUCCCAGUUGCGUUGUUCUACCUGAUUCUGCGAGGUCUUGAUACGAUCGAGGAUGACAUGACAAUUCCGCUGGAGACAAAGGAGCCCCUUUUGAGGAAUUUCCAACAUAUCCUGGAGAAGGAUGGCUGGACAUUCGAUGGGAAUGCGCCCACCGAGAAGGACCGGGAACUUCUCGUACAUUUCGAUGUGGUGAUCACUGAGUAUAAGCUGGUCAAACCCCAGUACAAAGCUAUUAUCGCCGAUAUCACGGACAAGAUGGGCAAUGGCAUGGCGGAUUAUGCGAACAACGCCGAGCACAACGUCAAUGGUGUCAAUACCAUCAAAGAUUACGAAUUAUACUGCCAUUACGUUGCAGGCUUGGUUGGUGAUGGCUUGACGAGGUUAUUCGUAGAGAGUAAGCUUGCGAACCCAGCGCUCCUCAAACGUCCCGAGCUUGCCGAGUCAAUGGGUCAAUUCCUCCAGAAGACAAAUAUCAUUCGUGAUAUCAAGGAAGAUUUGGAUGACAGGCGACGCUUCUAUCCAAAAGAAAUCUGGUCGAAACACGUCGACAAAUUCGAGGACUUAUUCGACCCAAAGAAUAUCGAUGUUGCUCUAAACUGCAGCUCCGAGAUGGUUCUCAAUGCUCUACGACAUGCCGAUGAAUGUUUAUUCUACAUGGCUGGCAUUAAAGAUCAAAGUGUUUUCAACUUCGUCGCUAUUCCUCAAUCCAUGGCCAUUGCAACACUUGAACUCGUCUUCCGAAAUCCCGAAGUGUACAAGAAGAACGUCAAGAUCACUAAAGGUGAUGCGUGCCAAUUGAUGAUGGACUCUUCCACCAAUCUCCGAACUGUCUGUGAAAUCUUCAAGAAGUAUACUCGAAGAAUACACAAGAAGAAUACUCCCAAGGACCCAAACUACCUCGAGAUCAGCAUUGCGUGCGCAAAGAUCGAGCAAUUCAUCGAGUCCAUCUACCCAACACAAGAUCCGAAGAAGCUCUCUUUGAUUCACGCAGGCGAAAUCGACCCCGACGUCGAGAAGAAGAAGGCCCAGGAUUCAGAAGCAAAGAAGGAUGUAUUCUUCCUCCUACUUGCCGUUGUGGGAACCCUCUUGGUGAUCUCAGCAUUGAUGAUUGGAGCCGCAUACCUCGCAGGAGCGCGCUUCGAUGUGGCCUUCAACGAGAUCAAGAAAGGCAUGAUCUUUCCUAAAUUGGACAAUGGCAGCGAAGGCCCACAAACCAUCGUCGACCAGCAUGAUCAUGGGGAGUUGUAA